AUGAAUGGGCUGACAUGGCUUCAACUUUCUGAGUCAGAUGAUUUCCUUACGAGGAAUUUGGUUGAUAACUUAUUUUUUUGGAUUGAAACUAGAAAGAUUCAGAAGGGAUAUCAAACUCAACUGAAAAUAGAUCGUCAAAUAAUAUUAAAGUUGCUGAAGAGAUACAUAAUAGAUGCAGAAAAGCCAAAUCUUGAAAAAUGCUUGAAUCAUUUCAUGAACCAGCCUAGCACCAGAACUUUUUUGAGCCGGUAUAGAGGAGAUGAACAAACCAUACAAGAAUUCAAAAAACAUACACGCAAAUACUUUGAAAUGUAUUUCCCAGAAUGCGGGUUUGAGUUAAUGACAACUGAUAGAUAUGAAGUGAAAUCUGGGGUUUUAGAGACAAGUGUUGUUGCGAAAAAGGAGUAUAAUGCGGGUGAUGAGGUGAAAUAUUUGACAGGAACUUUUGCAGAAUUGAAGCCAGAGGAAGAAGAUUUUCUAGAUAAAAGUGACUUCAGUGUUAUGAAUUUAACAAGUCGUGUCAACCCAUGCUUAAUGUUAGGACCAAGUCGAUUUGUGAAUCAUGAUUGCGAUGCUAAUGCUAGAUUUGCAUCAUCAAGAAAUGGGUUAAAGAUAUUUGCAACUAAAAAUAUAUUGGUUGGUCAAGAAAUAACUGUCACAUAUGCAAAGAGUUAUUUUGGUAAAGAUAAUAAAGAUUGUCUUUGUGCUACUUGUGAGCGA